GUGACGGCCACACUUCGAACUAAGCCACAAAGUCAUGAGCGCUUGCCAUAACUGUGACAAAACAUGACUUGGUACUGAGUUAGUGCAGUCUAGUGGCAUCAUGGGACUAGUAGUUACUUUUUUCUGGACUCUAUAGUGUGUUCUAUUCACCUAAUUGAUACGAUGAGGAUUUUCAGCAUUUUAAUCAUCACCCUAGCAUCAGUGAUAUCAACUCUGGUAGCACAAGGAACUGAUGAAAAUUAUCAAGAGGCUGUUCAGGUCUUGAACUCCAUCCCUUAUGACGAGUUGAACGGCGACGAGUCGCAGACGGCAGAAAACGCAGACGACUACAUAUCAGAUUUGUGGACAGACAUUGAGAACGCGUUCCGAUUUCUGGAAGAGAGAAACGUGGAGAACGAACUGCGCCGUCUGCGAAUGAUGGAAAUCUCUAAACGACUUCCGGGAAGACGUCACAGCUUCGUCCGGUUCGGCAAACGCUACCAGCCCUCUCACAGCUUCGUGCGGUUUGGUCGAUCAGGUCCUGGAUCUUCUUCUCAUCAAGAUAAAAGCCUUGCUCGGCUGAACGAGGAGGCGGGUGGUGAAGAGCCGUCUACUUUUAGUUAUUUGAUGGGCCUCUCUGACCCACUCGAUGCAGAGACGUCUCCCAAACGUCACAAACUUGUUGUCAGGGUGGGUCGUUCAGCCGACGACGAGGACGCGCUAUCUUCUCAGGAGAAUGAAACUUUGGGCUCAAACGGGACUGUCCUUGACGCUCCUACGUUGAUCAGCUUGUUGAAACGAAAGUUCCCCUCCAAUGUUAGGAUAGGCAAGCUUCCCGCCAGUCUGUACUUGUACCAUCAGAACGCCUCUAAAUCUUCCCCAGUCAAACAACAGAGUCCUAGUGUUAAUAACUUACCUAGAUACGGCUAGGAGGUCAAGCCAAUAAAUAUAAAAACAUUUCACAUCAAUACUUCACUUAAUACAUUAAUACCUGACUUAGAAGGAAUUUAUACCAAUUUGAACAGUAAGAACAACAUGCUGUUGAAUAGUCAUAGAACUGUCUCCUGAAUAAAUCUACAAUAAAUAUUGCUAUAAAUAGAAAUAUUAAUUGAAGAAUUUAAUUGGUUUUAUUUUUUAAAAGUAUACUUUUAAUCAAAUUUAAACAAAGAGUUAGAAAAUUAUUUUGAUUACAAAAGAAGAAAUAAUUUACAAUUGUUAAAGUACUAGAUAAAAUAGAAUGGAAUUGAAUAAGAAGAGAAACCCAUUUCUAUAUGAGAACCCUAUUUCUAUGAGAGAACCUUAUUUUUAUUUAUAAAAAUAAAAAGAGAACCUUAUUUGUAUAAGAAAAGAGCCCUAUCUCAGUUCAAACCGAAAUAUCAACUAUAACAUAACAUUACAUUGUUAUCAAGUAAUUUGAUUAUAAUACAAGCAAACAAAAUAAAACUACAUACUAGGCUGUAAAGAGUCAGUCGGGCUUAUAGCCAGAGUGCAGUCAAUGGUGGAGCUGUCAUGUUUUUCAGCCAUUGUAGAAUAGUUUAUUUAGACCAGAAUUGCCUUGCUACUGACAUUUUAUUUGCUCUGACUGAAUUUCACUUCAGUUGAUAAACCUGUUUUGUGAUUUCAAGAUAAAAUAUUUUGUCAAAUAAACAGACACAAAA